CAAUGAGCAGUAGAGGUCGUCGAAGUCAGCUGGCUUGGGAGGAAGGCGCCGGCAAUGCCCGAGACCGGAGGCUGGAAUCGAGCCAAAUAGAGCUUCAAGGAAGCAGAGGACGAGGAAGAGGAGGAAGUGUUGCAACCCUUGUCUGCGAAGUCGGAAGCUACGCCAGCCAGCCCGCAAACCGCUUCUCAUUUCGAGCAGAGGGAGAAAGAAGCACUGAAUGGCGGGGUCCGAGGAUAUGGGUGGGGAGAAAGGCGGACAGCACACUUCCGAGGCAGUUAAAACAGUCGUGGUUGUCAUUGGCCGAAGCACUUCCCUUAGUGGAAACACUCCAGCUCGUGGAGGAUGAACAAAUCAGCGUAUUUCCUAGUGGAGUUCCAUGGAAGAAGUACUCUGGAGAGAUUGAUGGUCUUGAUGUCCACAUUGUUGUUCCUGGAAAGGAUAAGACGUUAGGUGUGGACAGCGUGGGCACUGUCCCCUGUUCUUUGCUGACUUACGCAUCUGCUGUAGCUCUGCGACCGAAUUUGCUUAUUAACGCUGGCACUGCGGGUGGAUUUCAGGCAAAGGGAGCCAACAUCGGCGACGUCUAUGUCGCGACCGAGUUUGCGAAUCAUGACCGCAGGAUACCUAUCCCUGUAUUUGACAAGUACGGGGUGGGAACCAUAGAAGCCACUCCCACUGGCAACCUCAUCAGAGACCUUAAAUUCAAGGAAGGAAAACUAUCUACUGGAAACUCCCUGGACAUGACAUUGCAGGACGAAGAAUACAUAAAGGCUAACGAUGCAACUGUCAAGGACAUGGAGGGUGCUGCUGUGGCGUAUGUAGCGAAUAUGUUGGCCAUUCCCUUGAUCUCCUUGAAGGCUGUAACAGACAUUGUAGACGAUAGCAAGCCGACGGUGGAAGAGUUUCUGAAGAAUAUGUCCAUGGCUGCUUCAGCCUUGUCCAAUGCCGUGCCCCUUGUGCUGAAAUACGUGUCUGGGAAGACCGUUGCUGAUCUUCAUUCUUCAUGACAGGCUUGAGCGUUGGGCAUCUGUCUCUGCACAGAGCCUCUUCACUGUAGAAGUGACUUCACAUUGUUUUCAUAAUUUUCAAAAUUAUUUUGCAGCAUUAUGAGCUCCCUGAUGCUGAUCGAUUAUCUUUAUAUGUAUUGACAUUGAUAUGUCCAAAUGUGCAAAGGAAAAGAAAAAGAAAAAGAAAAGGGUGUGGGUUUUAAAACAUA